GCAGCCUCCUUGUUCCUGUCGGUGCUGAUGUGUGGCCUUUGCUAUGGGCCUUUGGACCCAUCAAUGACGAGAAUCGAAGUCGAAUUCGCCUUGCGUGACCUUCCGGCAAGCGUCUUGGUGCUGAGUGAUGGCCUUGCCAGUGUUUCCGUCGCCCUGGCGGAGAUGGCUGCAAAGAGCUUGGGUGUCAAGGUGAUGAAGCUCAGGGCAUCCACGGAUACAGCGGGUCUCUUUACUUUGCAUGGUGCCUCCGGCCCGGCUUCCGAUCCCUCUGCACCGAUGACAGCCGGCUACAGCGGCGAGAUGCCAGAGCUGGUAACACGGAGCCGCGACGAGGUGGGCCUCGCCUUACAUACCAGUGGAUCGACGCGAAGACCGAAGCUCGUACCUCUCACCCACGCGAAUCUAUGCAGCGGGUCAAUCUGCAUCGCCUCUACCCUUCAAGUUGGUCCGAGCGACGUGGUGAUGAACUGCCUGCCGCUGUUUCAUAUUCACGGACUGAUCGUGAAUGUGCCACUUCCACCGCAUGGGAAGGGGCGGACAUGA